AUGGGCUACCUGGGUGAGAACUCCCAGAUGGGUGAACAUGUUCCUGCUGUGGGGCUCAACACCUACCUGAAGUAUGUGGUGGUGGUGGCAGGCAAAGGGAGGCUGUGGCUGGCCCUAGCUCUGGUGUCCGUGGUCCCUGGGACGGUGUCUGGGCAGUGCCUCUUCAGGCUCCCACGCGCUAAGAACCCCGAAGCACGGAUGAACAUCAGUGAAAUGGUCUCCUACUGGGGGUACCCCAGCGAGGAGUACACUGUGCUGACAGAAGAUGGCUACAUCCUCCAGCUGAACAGAAUCCCCUAUGGGAGAGGCAAUGCAAGCCAAGGUGCCAGGCCUGUUGUGCUCCUGCAGCAUGGCCUCUUAGGAGAAGGCAGCAUCUGGGUGACCAACCUGCCCAACAGCAGCCUGGGCUUCAUCCUGGCCGACGCCGGCUACGACGUCUGGCUGGGCAACAGCCGGGGCAACACCUGGUCCAAGAGGCAUCUGGUGCUCUCUCCCAAAUGGGAGGAAUUCUGGGCUUUCAGCUUUGAUGAAAUGGCUAGGUAUGACCUCCCAGCAACCAUCAACUUCAUUGAGCAGAAAACAGGGCAGCAGCAGUUGUAUUACAUUGGUCACUCUCAAGGCACCACCAUAGCCUUCAUAGCCUUUUCCACCAUGCCUCACCUGGCUCAGAAGAUCAAGAUGUACUUAGCUCUGGCACCAGUGUUCACCAUUGCCUUUGCUCCAAGCCCACUUAGGAAGUUUGCCUUCUUCUCUGACUAUGGGCUGAAGGAGAUGUUUGGCACCAAGGAGGUCCUGCCACACACUGCCCUGGGGGAGCUGAUCCUGGCCAGAUUCUGCCCCUGCUCAAAGACCUGCAAGAAUUUCUUGACUAAGCUGUUUGGGUUUAACUGGAAGAACACAAACAUGAGCCGAGUGGAUGUGUAUGCAGCACACGCCCCAGCAGGGACCUCGGUCCAGAACAUCAUCCACUGGAUACAGGGAGCCCAGAGUGGGGCGCUGAGAGCUUACGAUGGGGGCAGCAGGUACAACAGCCUGCGGUACAGCCAGGUGGGGCCCCCACACUACAACGUGACAGCCAUGAGAGUGCCAACAGCCGUCUGGAACGGGGGGCUGGACUGCCUGGCUGACCCCCAGGACGUUGCCCUCCUGCUCCCCCAGCUCAGCAGCUUGGUCCACCACAAGGUGAUUCCCCAGUGGAACCACCUGGAUUUCGUCCUGGGGCUGGAUGCCCCUGGGCUCUUGUACCAAGAAAUGGUGGAGGUGAUGAAGCAGCAGCCCUGA